UAAGCCCUUCAUUUCCAUCCACUCCACAUCCUUCUUUCAAUGGCCCUUUCAACACUUACCAUUGUUUCUUUACUUGUAUGCUCCUUCAAUGUUGUCUAUGGAGGUUGGGAAAAUGCCCAUGCCACCUUUUAUGGAGGCGGAGAUGCCUCCGGAACAAUGGGUGGUGCUUGUGGAUAUGGAAAUUUGUAUAGCCAAGGAUACGGUACAAACACUGCUGCAUUGAGUACAGCUCUUUUUAACAAUGGAUUGAGUUGCGGGUCAUGCUAUGAGAUGAGAUGCAAUGACGACCCUAGAUGGUGCUUGCCCGGGUCCAUAAUUGUGACCGCAACCAAUUUUUGCCCACCUAACCCUGGCUUGUCUAAUGACAAUGGCGGGUGGUGCAACCCUCCUCUCCAACAUUUUGAUUUGGCCGAACCCGCUUUUUUGCAAAUAGCACAAUAUCGCGCUGGAAUCGUGCCUGUUUCAUUCCAAAGGGUGCCUUGUGUAAAGAAAGGAGGAGUGAGGUUUACAAUAAAUGGACAUUCAUACUUCAACUUGGUUUUGAUCACAAACGUCGGCGGUGCAGGGGAUGUCCACUCGGUUUCUAUCAAAGGGUCGAAUACCGGGUGGCAACCCAUGUCAAGGAACUGGGGGCAAAAUUGGCAAAGCAACUCUUAUCUUAAUGGUCAAAGUCUAUCUUUUCAAGUCACCACCAGUGACGGAAGAACCAUCACAAGCUUCAACGUGGCACCAUCUAACUGGCAAUUUGGCCAAACGUUUCAAGGGGGACAAUUUUAAGCUCUCCUUUUUAGUUAAAAAAAAAAGAGAGAGAACUCGCAUUAAAAUUAAAAUUAAAAUUUAAAGUUUUAAAACCAAAAUUUUAAAGAACUUUAUAAUUUGUAUAUGUUUUUUAUCGCCUGGAUUGCGGUGGCGGUGAGAGCACUUGCUCUAUUGCUGAGGUGACUAGUUAGCACCCGCUUAGAAUUGUAUUUGAAACUAGUGUUAUUACUGUUUUCUCCUUAUGGAAGGGAAACAUGCCUUGUUCACUUAUUUGGAUUAGAAGGCAUCUCAUAAUGUACUUGUCAUAAAGUUUGUAAUUUCACCUUUAAACUUAUUGAAUUGCAGAUUAAUAAUUUCUUUGCUAA